CUUACAGAUCGAUGUAAAAUUACUAAUUUAUUCAUCAGUAUAAAGAAGAAGAGAAGAGCCUAAUAAUACAAUUAAAUAGUGUAGUGUCUUUAAAUUCAUUAGAGAAUCGUUUAAAUCCGAGAGUUUUUAAAACAGUAUUAAUUACGCUGUUUAUAUGAAUCAUAUAAAAUAGGAAGAAUCCAAUAAUACAACAAGAUAAUAAUGACAAUAAAACAUGUAAAGUAAGAAAGAAGCAAAAAAAUGUCGAAUACAUAUUCUAUUUGCCGGAGUUCAUACAGAGAUUAUUUAAUUAUAUUUAAAGAUAAAUUAAAAUAAUGGCGAGUAAUAUGCUGAUAAAAAUUUCGUUCUUGUUGAGUAUCGUCUUGUUAACUUUGAGCAAGAGCGAGCAAGUUUUAUGCUCUGAAAAUAAUACAUUAUUGGAGACCAUGGGUGAUGCUAUUUUAACAGUUUUCGUGGACGCCAAUUACGGACAAUACUGCAAUAUAUCGUCAUCCAAGGGUCUCCAGCAAGUUUCAACCGCACUACAUAUGGUGCGAACUUUAAACAAAUAUGAUCACAUACCGGGUGUGAAAUUGGGGAUAAGAGUAUUCGAUACAUGCCACGACAAGAUUAUAGUGUUUAAACACAUCUUGAGAAUGAUACUCGAGCAAAAUUGCACCCCAAAUUACGAAAUGGGUGUACUGGUACCCUCCCAGUAUAGUUCCAUGAUGAAUUUUUUUCGCGAUUACGACGAUCUGCCGAUCGUCACUUACGGAGAACGGAAUUUCACGAUACCCACGAUCGACAUUUUGGCGCACUAUCUGAGCACUAGGUACGAGGUCAUCGAUCUGGUCCACACCAACGUAAAUUCAGUUCUCGAACAUUUCCUGGAAGUCACCAGAGAUGUUGGUGUGUGCGUGAAGCGACAUGACAAACGCUUUGACGAUGACAGGAACGAGAACGUCGCGGAAGCGGUGAUAGUCGCGAUCGGCGAAAGAGAUGACAUACAAGGAUGGCUGAGAGAGAGCGAGGGCUCGAAGGAUAUCAGAAGGAAAACGUGGCUCCUGCUACCGCUCGAUAACUCGGAUAUUGAUGAUCUCAUACCUUCUGGAUCAUACAUCAUCAAACCGAAAGCAUCUGGCUUCGAUUUCAACGAAUUCUCAAGCGCGAACGAAUUCCUAGAGAAGACCGGAGACUUUGUGAACCACUCGCCGUAUCUCCUGGACAUCGGCAAGGCCAUUGUUGGGCUAGUGGAUAUUUUCCAGGAAGUUCAGAAAAGAGAUUGCCCUACCGACGAUGACGAUGACGAGAACCGCGAAGAAAAUUGCAUUAUGACACAACUUCGUCCGCAAUCGCAACGAGAAAUACGCGAUUCCGACGUCUACAAAGCUCUGCGCAUGCAACUGAGAUCGUAUUUAGUGAGAUACGUGGUCGCCAUGAAGAUGCAGCACGAGCUCAUCGACGUCGCUCUCUAUGAGAUCAAAGUGUCCGAGUUGCGCGUACUUCCGGCGAAAAUAACAUCCAGAAUGCCAGGGCUCUGUCUGGAGAAUCUCGUCGGGAAAUGCGAGAACUGCACGAAUUUCCAGAAACGCUCCGACGCACGAAAAGUCAUUACGAAAGAUAUCAUUGGCAAAAACGUCCUGAAGGACAGCGUUUACGUUCCUAUUUUUCUGAUCGCCAUCGUGUGCGGUACGCUUGCGUGUUGCAUCAUCAUGAUCUUCAUCAUUCGUCGUUUCGCAACGGAAGAGACGUUCGACGGCAAUCCGACCUUCACGAUCAUUCUCGUCCUGGCCAACGUGUUUAUCCUGAUGACGGCGUUACCGUUCUGUAUGACGGACGAUUAUUUCGGCGCGGAGAAUCUGAACGCCCGAAAAAUCCUCCACACCGCUCUCGCGUUCGGCUUCACGUUCUCGAUCAUGCUCUCGAGAGCGGUCUUUCUGGUCUUGACUAGGGACGACGUUUUCGUCAUUCACAUGAAUGGAUAUCUGCAUGGCCUCAUGGCAUUCUUCAUGUUCGGUGUGCAAAUCGCCAUGUCUGUCACGUAUUUCGUUCUGAACACGGAAAACUCGGCUGUGGUUAUCAGGAGUCCCAUCUUUAUUGCAUUGCUGGGAUAUGAUAUAUUUCUAUUAAUCUUAUUAUUCGUCGCUUCCUGCUUCAUCAUCAAAAUACCACGCAACUAUUGUGAAGGAAAGUGCUUCUUCGGCACCUCUAUCAGUUUGCUAGUAGUAUGGGCGAUAUGGCUAAUUUGUUUUAUAUUGAUGCAGCCAAAGAAUCGCGAUACAGUUGUCUCAUUUGGCAUAAUUGGCACGGCUUACUCCAUAAUCCUCGGUAUUUUAAUGCCAAAAAUUUAUUACAUGAUCACACAUCCACCCAGAAGGAAAGAUUUUGAACAAAGAUUCAAUCCUGUCAAUCUACCGACCGAUACGAUCGUCAGGCAGUCACAUUCCUCCUACGAAUACGUUCAUCCAGUUCGAGAAAACCAGAUUUUACGGAUGUCGACAUAUUCAGAUUAUUAUGACAAUCCAAAUCCGAGCUCGAAACGUUUCGAUCGAUACGAAAAUCCGUAUCACCGUGAAAUGUAUGGAUAUGGUAAUUAUGGAUUUCAGGCGGAGAUGAAGGAGAUUGAUGCUGCUCAUGUCGCGCCGCGAAUAUGUGUCGAGUCUUUAAGAAAUCUCGAAGUAGCAUCAAAUGACGUUAUCUAUGCGCAACCAAGGAUCUAUAGAUCGCAGAGAGUAGUUCUGGGACAAGAAAGCAAUGCAGAAGCAAUUUGUAAUAGAGAUAAUUCUUCACCUACUCUUAGAAUAUACAAUGAAAUUUAUCCCAUGAGAUACGCUAGUCCAACAAAUAUGAUAAGGGAGCAAAGGAUCGAUGAGGAGAACGAGGACGAAGAAAACGAGGAGGAACAAAAGGUUGGAAGGGAGGACGAAGGUCUCAGCAAAGUUACCCGCCUUUGAGAUAAAUAUAAUUAAUUUAAUGUUCAUUUUUUAAUGUGUUACGCUAUAUGAAAAAUUUAUACAGAUUUAUAAAUUUUUCUUAAAAUAAACAAGUAAAUUUCUAAAUAAUUGAUCAAUUAAAAAAAUUUCGAAAAAUUAAAAUUGUGACUAAACAAAGAGUAGGAUGUGAGUUGUGUUAUUCAUUGAAAGCCUAUAAUAACUUCAAAUUUAGCUAAAUACUGAAUUCUAUAGUAAUUAUUGGCGAGUUCGCUGGCCAAUUCGACGACGGAAGUUCGUCGUUACAUUAAGCGAGGAGAGACAUGAGCGGAAAGCUGCGCCGUGUGCGGCGCAGAAUCAAUUUGGCAUGUACCUCAACGCCGAAAUUGCAUUAUGGUCGAUCGUAAUUUCGCAAGCAGGGCACAGGUGUGUGCUCCGCGGGAAUAUCGAUGACGAGAUAGCGAUAUAGCGGGCACGCAACAAAGGGACUCGCGAAAACGAAGUUUGCGUUCACCACAGUGCGACGUAUGAGAGAACAAUUCGCCGUUUGAAUAAAUUAUUAUAGUUUAAAAAAAUUUUUUUUUCUUAAUGCAGUCAAAUAUAAAAUAAUUUAUAUUUUGUUUUACAGUGGAAUCUGCGUAUAUAUUAUCUCAACGUCUCAAAAGUUUUAAUAAUGAAUUAGAUUAUGUUAUACAUUGGAUAUCAAUAUAUCAGCAAAUAAAGCUGCAAUUAAAUAAUAUCAUUUGCAGCUUGCUUAUAAAUUCACAUAAGUUUUUAUUCCAUAGAAUUUUCUUUCAAGAGGAAUUUGUAAUGACUAAAAUGUAACAAUAAUAUA